AUGUUUGACUUCACAUCACUUCACUUCCCUCUGUUUCUGACAUGGAUGCUCACAUUUACAGACGCUCAAACAUUCAGACAGAAGACUGUCAGAGUUGGAGAUGAAGUCACUUUGAAAUGUGAAAAUGCAAAUGAUUUCAGUGAUGGAUGUUCCAGAAUCACCUGGCUGUACAGUAAUUCAGGACAAACAUUUACCCUGUUUGAACUCGGGAAGAUUCACAAAGAUGUUGGAUCUAAAUCAGAUAGACUGAGUCUUACAGAGAAAUGUUCUCUGGUGAUAAAGAAGAUCACAGAUGAAGAUGCUGGAAGUUACAACUGCAGACAGUUCAGCAUAUCAGGAAAACAGGAAACAGAUUUUCAGGUUGGACUGAACUUAAUAAAGAAAAAUGAUGUCAGAUCAACAAGUAAAACACUUAAACCAACAUCCAAACCAUCUUCUGCAUCAACAUCUGCAGCUGAAUCCACAACAACCACAGAAUCAGUUCUGUCUACAUCCAAACCAUCAGCUGCAACAGAUCAUCUCUCUAAAGGAGGUGUUUGGUGGAGGAUCAUCUAUGUUCCUGUGGGUUUAGCAGCACUCUCAGUCAUCACUGCAUCAGUCUGCAUAUGGACCAGAACACAAGGAGCAGAAUGAUGAAUUGAAGACCUGCCUGCUUCUCCUUGACUCCAUUGAUGACCACAUUUUAAAGUUAUCUUCAUCUUUUACCACCAAAUGAUGGAAUGUAACCGGUCGCUUUCUGCGUUGUGCUGGUUAAUAUAUGGUGUGACACAGUGUUACCUCUUGGAGAGAAGCCUCCCUUUAUUCUGGUAAUAAAACAAACAGAAAACAAUACACUGUGUGAUCCUGCCCACUCCAGUUCCUCUCUGACAGGAGGUCAUACAAAAGGGGCGUAUGCCGCACGCGGCAUGCUAGCUUAAAACCUUAUACAGGCUCUGUAACACAUUUUACACUCACAUUUUUCUCAUACAUACCUGGUAAUAAAACAAACAGAAAACAAUACACUGUGUGAUCCUGCCCACUCCAGUUCCUAUACAAACAAAACAAAUCGACAUUUAAGCUUUAACAGUGAAUCCCCAAAAUAUCUCUCCUGAACCAUCAAUCCCUUUUAAUCAUCACAUCACAA